GAUUAGACGGUCUGCGCUACUGCAGUGUUUUGACUACACAUUAGCUGCUUCCAUCUGUGUGGCUUCACUGAUUCCGAGCAUUUUGGGGAGUUAUGAACUAAGUCUCAGGAGGGAAAAACUGCAUCCUCUCACUUUGGAUAUGGAGACAAUGGGUGUGUGUAGUCAGAGGGUCAGAGUUCACAUCCAUGCUUCCUGUGAUGGCUCUGUCUAAAUGCUCACCGGCUCUGAGGUGGACUCUGUCCCGCCACUGCUCUGUCCUCUGUCCGCGGAGCAGCCAGUCCACCACCACAGCCAGAUCCCAGUUUUUAAGAUCGCAUGCGGCUCUGUUUCACCAAAAUAAUGUCAAAGCCAGUCCUGAUUCAAACAAGCCCACUUCAGUGAUUUCCUCCGGACUUGAGCUGUUUGGGAUGGGAAUCUGGUCCCUGGGUCUGGGUGCCAUCGGAGCUGCACUCACUGGGAUCUUCCUGGCCAACACUGAUAUGUGUCUCACUAAAACUGCCAAGGCGAUGCUGGAGAACCUGGGAGAUGCUGACCUGAGAUCCACGACUGAAGAUGACAAGGUCAUCAAAGCACAGAGCCUGUGGGAGAAGAACGGGGCCGUGGUCAUGGCCGUGCGACGGCCUGGAUGAUUUUUGUGCAGAGAGGAGGCCACUGAGCUGUCCUCUCUGAAGCCCCAGCUGGAAGAGCUUGGGGUCCCUCUGAUCGCUGUGACAAAAGAGAACAUCGGCUCAGAGAUCCAGGACUUCAGACCGCACUUCGCUGGGGACAUUUACAUAGAUGAAAAGAGAUGCUUCUACGGUCCACAGCAGAGGAAGAUGGGAGCUCUCGGGUUCAUUCGCCUCGGUGUGUGGCUGAACUUCAUGCGGGCCUGGAGGUCCGGUUACCAGGGCAACAUGAUCGGCGAGGGUUUUGUCUUGGGGGGAGUGUACGUCAUCGGACCAGGAGACCAGGGGAUUCUCCUGGAGCACCGGGAGAAGGAGUUUGGGAAUAAGGUGGACACUGCUCAGGUUUUAGACGCUGUCAAAAAAAUUGUUCCACUGAAAUAAACCGUUGUGGUCUGAUGUGGAGUCACUGAAAUACUGAUACUAUCAUUACAUUUGUCUUUUCUUUGUAAUAUCACAUUAAUUUAUUGUAUGUUUAACAAAUAGAGCUGUGAAACGCAGGACAGAGCCAACAACAACAACAAUAAUAAUAAUAAUGAUAAGCAAUGUUGUUCCUCUUUACCUCUGCACCUUGAAGUUAUAGUUUAUCCGAAACGGGCAUUAACAUAAACAGGCAGGAACAUCGACUGUUAAAUUUAGGUUCACUUGAAGCUUGAUUUCACGUCAGUGCAUUUUCAAUAACCGUCCUGUUUGCUUCUCCUGCUACGGUGCGUGAAUACACCUCCAACAAUGGCAGACGACUGUUUGUGUGAUAAUGACAACCUGACUAUAAACUCAACACUGAGCAGAUCAGGUUUGAUGCUCAAACACACAAAAGUCCAGCUGCUGUUGUACGUUUGGAGGAGUAUUUGUGCUGCCUGAAGCAGGUGUUGAUUUAAUGUGCGUUUGUGCACAAGAGGGCAACUGUUUGUACCUGUACAUGAGAAUAUUUGCUGCAAUAAAUGAAAAAACACAAACCUCGUCACCAUA